AUGGAACUCUGGACAGCAAAGACUAAAACAGGUAUUGCAUUAUUAUAUGAUGAAGGGUCUGAAAAUACCUAUGACAUCCAACUGAAGCUUACAAAAGAGGUACUAACAAUUCAAAAACAAGAUGUCAUCUGCGUUAGUGGAAGUGAUCACAAUACAAAUCACAGAACUGUUACACUUCAUAGACAACCAGUUGGUGGCUUGGGCUUAAGUAUAAAGGGUGGUGCUGAGCACAAAGUGCCUGUCGUCAUAUCAAAAAUAUUUAAAGACCAAGCAGCUGACCAAACAGGAAUGUUAUUUAUAGGAGAUGCACUAAUACAGGUUAAUGGCAUAAAUGUAGAAAGUACUACCCAUGAAGAAGUGGUACACCUACUGCGAAAUGCUGGCAAUGAAGUUACCAUCACUGUACAGUACCUCAGGGAAGCUCCAUCAUUUCUAAAGCUCCCAUUAGGUUCCCCUGGACCAUCCAGUGAUCAUAGCAGUGGAGCUUCCUCACCUCUCUUUGACAGUGGUUUACAUUUGAAUGGAAACUCAACUAACACAACUCCAUCAUCGCCCUCCUCACCCAUAGCUAAUGAACCAAAAUAUGAAAAGCGCUGGCUAGACAUCCUAUCAGUUCCUCUGUCGAUGGCUCGAAUCUCAAGAUACAAAGCUGGAACAGAUAAAUUAAGAUCUAAUGCAUUUGAAGUGCUUGCACUCGAUGGAGUUAGUACUGGGAUACUUCAGUUUUAUACAGCGCAGGAGUGUGCUGACUGGCUGAGAGCAUUAUCAACUAACAUCAGUGAUUUGACACUUCAAAAUAUGAAGAUGGCAAAUAAAUGCUGCUCUCUAUCAGACCAGAUUAUUCAUAUGGGCUGGGUGAAUGAAAGACUCGAGGGAACUGAUUCAUCUCAACUCUACAAAUACAAGUUUCUGGCACUGAAGGGUUCAUCCUUCUACAUUUUCAGCACUCCACCGGUAAGCACACUAGACUGGGUACGAGCUGAAAAAAUCUAUCACCUCUGUGAGGUUCUAUUUAAAGUUCACAAGCUCUGGCUUGCUGAUGAUUGCUGGCUACAAGCAAACUUGUAUUUAGGUAUUCAUCAGGACUAUGAGCUUGAAGACCAAAGGCCAUAUUGUUUCAGUGUCAUGGUUGGACAUGGCCAGAGUCAUUAUUUUAACGUAGAGCUUGGCAGUGAGUUGGCGGCAUGGGAAAAAACGUUUCAAAGAGCAAUUUUCUUGGAAGUUCAAAGAACAGGGUCUAAAACAUAUAUGUGCAGCUGGCAAGGAGUAACCCUGUGUUUCACAGUUGACUUUGCCUUGGGAUUCACCUGUUUUGACAGUAAAACAAAGAAUGUGCUCUGGAGGUUUAAAUUCUCUCAGCUCAAGGGGUCUUCAGACGAUGGAAAAACAAGAGUAAAGCUGCUUUUUCAGAAUCUAGAGACCAAACAAAUUGACAUGAAGGAACUUGAAUUUCAGGAUCUGACAGCGGUUUUACACUGUAUUCACUCCUUUAUAGCAGCAAAGGUGGCAUCACUGGAUCCAGCAUUUAUAGACAGCCAGAGCAUUGCAAGAAAAUACAUGUACAGUAACUGAAAUCCAAUUCUGUGUUGUGAUUAUUGCAAAUAAAUUAUUUUCUUAAAGAAAGUAGUUAUUUCAUGCCCAAAUUGCAAUUCUGUGUGAUUUUAUAAGGAGCCUAUAGUUGUGCUAUCAAUAAAAAUGCUACUAGUUUUCAUAUUUUGUUCAUCAUUGUUAAAUCUCAUGAGUUAACAAACAUUAAUUCAAACUGAGUCAGUUUGUUUUCUAUAACAUUAAUAUAAAUCCUGGAAUGAAAAUGUUCAUAGCAUAAUAUUUCUAAUGUUGUUUUGAUUUUUUUCUGAGAAGUUGCAUCAUGGUGUAAAAAUGGGGACCAAGAUUUGCCAGUUGUGUGCCUGUUAGGCUCCUAAUAUUUGGCCUGGUCAUCAAAUAAGCUAAGCACACAGAAACUUCCGUAGACUUCAUUAUGGAAGAAAAGGGCAAGAUUUUCAAAAGUAUUUAAGGAAGUUAGGUGCCCAACUCUCAUGGAAGGUAGUGCAAUAGGCUUCUAACUUGCUUAAAUGCUUUUGAAAAUCCCACCCCAAGCUACUUAUAUAGGUGCCGAAGGGGCUGAUUCUUCAAAGUGCUGAGUACUCUUACCCUGAUCCAGAAAAGUACAUACCCACAUGCUUAAAUCUCAGAAUCUGAGUAGACCUAAUUAAGUGACAAUGUAAAUUAAGCAUGUUUAAGUGCUUUGAUGGGUCUGGUGAAGAGUGUUAACUACUCAUGUCAGGCCAGGCCUCAGCUACAGUAGUACCUUGGAAGAUUUGAGCUCUAAAUUUGGAUUUAGGAACCUAACUUGAAGCUCUUAUUUUUGAAACCUUGGCCAUGGGUUCCUUUGCUGUCCAUUGAUAAAUUCCCUCAUACUCAUUCUUCCACUCAUUCAUGUAUAACACUGUGUUCCCCGCCUUUGGUUGUGCUCCUGUGUAUUAUGAUUAGCUUCUUGAAAAACUAUUUUGUUUGUGUGAUACAAGGUAAGGGGUAGACGUAUCUACCAUAAAGAUUUUCUCAUUAUUUUCUAAACACUGUGGGUCAAAUUCUGACCUCAUAAGCUUGCACGUAAAUCCAGCUGACAUAAGUGAGGGAUGCCUGUGCUUAACAAAGGAAGAAUAUGGCUUUGCUUGGGAUUUGUUCUAAGCUACUUCUGCACAGUGUAUCCUUUCUGAUGAAAACAUUUGCCUAAAUGCACAGUUAAUGCUACCAGCUGUUUAGAUUUUUUUUUUUAAGGGAUUUUCAUCUUACGGCCUUUCCCUUUAGAAAAAUCUCAAACAUUCCAUGCUGCUCUAAUAAAAACUACAGCUUUUCUCAAGUUGAGUUGUGAGGCAGCAUCAGAUACUAAACAAAACAAAACAGGAAGACAGACAGACACCUUUAAAUACCAUGAUCGUUAUAACUAUUUUAAAUGGACAGAUAACAUCAGGGGUAGCACUUGCAAUUACAAUGUUUGUUAUUUGCACAAAGACGUAUUA